GAUGCCCCGCGAGCAUCAGCCCCGUCACCGCACAGCUGGAUCGUCAGCGUCCGUGCGUGCUCCACGCGGUGUCUGCAAUGGUGAGAAGCGUCUGGAGUGUCCAGUGUGCGACAAGCAGUUCGCCUUCAGAAGGCAACUAGAAACGCACCUUCGGACCCACACCGGGGAGAAGCCUUUCGAGUGCACAGUUUGCAAAAGUAAGUUCACUGAAAGUGGAAGUCUGAGAAGGCACCUUCGCACCCACACUGGGGAGAAGCCUUUCGAGUGCAUAGUUUGCAACAAGAAGUUCACUCUAAGUGGACAUCUCAGAGUACACCUUCGGGCCCACACCGGGGAGAAGCCUUUCGAGUGCACAGUUUGCCAGAAGAAGUUCAAUCUAAGUGGACAUCUCAGAAGGCACCUUCGCACCCACACCGAGGAGAAGCCUUUCGAGUGCACAGUUUGCAAGAAGAAGUUCAAUGAAAGUGGAAAUCUCAGAAAGCACCUUUGGAUCCACACCGGGGAGAAGCCUUUCGAGUGCACAGUUUGCAACAAGAAGUUCAGUCUAAGUGGACAUCUCAGGAGGCACCUUCGGACCCACACCGGGGAGAAGCCUUUCGAGUGCACUGUUUGCAGGCAAAACUUCACUCAAAGUGGAAGUCUCAGAAUGCAUCUUCGCAUCCACACUGGGGAGAAGGCUUUCGAGUGCACAGUUUGCAACAAGAAGUUCAAUCGAAGUGGUGUUCUCCGAAACCACCUUCGCACCCACACCGGGGAGAAACCUUUCGAGUGCACAGUUUGCAACAAGAAGUUCAAUCAAAGUGGAAGUCUCAGAGCACACCUCCGGACCCACACCGGGGAGAAGCCUUUCGAGUGCUCAGUUUGCAAGAAGAAGUUUGUGCAAAGGGGACAUCUUCGAAGGCACCUUCUGAAACACAGCGGGGACACGCAUCGUGAGUGAAUAAUUUUCGACGACCUUGUAUACGGCACAUCGUUCAUGCUUUUUUAUUCCUGUUUGAAAGAAGAUUGGAACUGCGCUAUAGCCAUUGUGAUCUCUAUUCCUGCGGCCCCUCUAUGUGCUAGUUGACAAAUUCUCAC